CGUUCUUUACCCUCAUCUCAGACCUUUCACAACCGACUGCACCACUUUCAUCACUGUGCUUGUUACAAUACGCAUCCACUAGGCAGCAACACACCCCGACCCUCGAUUGACUUUCACUAGACCAUGGUCGACUCAACGCGGAUUAUGGAAGAGAUCAUGCUCAUGCAAACAUUCCCACAAACAUCCUUGAGAUCCUUGAGGGAGGAGACAAACCACAGACCUGCCAUUUGAACUCAGACUCAAGAUAUACCAUCUCAAUCUCACCGACCACCUGAAACUCGAAAACAUGACCUCAAACAGCAUACAUGUACGACCGACAGACCUCAACCCUCCCUCCGACGUCUUCCCAUCGUUCAGCACUUGCCCUCUCGACUGGACUAGAACCAUCGAAACAAAGCCUGAGCAUCCGAUUCGUGAGCCAGCCGUUUCCCGUACCGCAAGACUCGUCCGCGCAGAUGUUCUCCCCCUUCUCUACAAGCCAGACACACCGACCUCGUAUACCUUUCACGCUUGCCCAGCCGCUCAGAUCAGAAACACACUCCAUCGCAUCCACAAUGAAGAUAUACCCUUAGGCCUCCGCCUCGAGAACCUGACUUUCUGCUUGCCCAAAGCGAUCGACGAUCAAGGUCUAGCAGUUCCUUGGCUCACGUCCUUAGCAAUCUCGCUAGCCUGGUGCUUACACAACUGUCCGAUUCAACCUGAAGUCAUUGUCACGGAGCCAGAGGUCCGGAUCCGGCAGGCCUAUAUCGCUGUCGACGAAUUAGAGCCCCCUCGACUUCCCACGCUUAAAGCUUCUAUACCUAUCAAGCCUAUAGAUGGAGUACGAUCGAGACUAUCCACCACGGCUACAGAGCUCGUGACCUCCUUCUUGGCUUUCACCGCGUGCUUACCAAGUAAGGAGAUGGGGCAGGAAGAUCAAGUUGCUUUUGCCUUGACAGACUUUCUGAAUGCGAGGGAGGACAAAUGUAAGAGCUGUGUUCUUUGGAGAGGCAUGUGGAGAGAGUGUUUAAAGAGAAUAUAUGGGCCAGAGAUUGCUAGGGCUAUGGUAAAGGAGCUAAAGUUUGAUGUUGGCAUCGCAGAUUUGGCAGAUGUUGUCUGGUAGGCUUCACUGAUGCUUUCACCGGAUGAGUCUGGAAGACUCAACUCGAUUCUGCAGUUUGAUGUGCGUGUUUUUAUGUAGCGUCGUUCAUGAGAUGCGCCGUUGAUCGCAAUCGGGUUUGCCCAGGAGAACAAAGCAGGUCCAUAUUGGAAACACCUAAAUUCCUCCAUAUUUGGCAAAUCACGACUU